AGGUUUUCUUGAAUACCCUUUGUAAAUGAAGAGGGAGGAAUUUGGAAGUGGGAGGGAGGAAAUUCAGCCCGAGUCGGAUGCAUCUACUACGUUGGCUUGCCAGAAGAGGCAAGGAAAAUAAGCUGAGGACAGAAAUAGAAGAAGACAUGGGACAUCCACAUGCUUAUUAAGUUCUGCUUUGCGAACGGCGGAAGAAGGUUGUCAAAUUGGCUGGAAGAGUGAGUUCUCAAUAACGUGUCACAUGGAACUAGCAUCAAGUUAGAAACCUGAUAAGAUACAGUUAUCAUCAGAUAUUCCCUGGCCUUAAUACCAAGGGAGAACUUUUCUUUCAAAGCAACUACAAGAAGGGGACUGUACAAAAGCUGAUUCUGCUUGAGGCUGCUGUCCUGCUUUCUCUGCACUUUUCUAGUCUUAGUGGGUGAUGUUACAGCAUCUUUAACAUUCAGACCCUAAUACUUUACUAGUUAACAGGCAGGAACCUUUGAGAACAAUCAUGGAUGAUUAUGAUAUCAGGUCUGCUGCCAGCAUUUUGGCAUCUGUUAAAGAGCAAGAGGCUCGUUUUGAGCGGCUCACCCGUGCACUUGAAGAAGAGCGACGCAAUGUCUCCUUGCAGCUUGAACGUGCUAAUCAGCCCUCAGAACGAAUGAGCAUGUGCAACAUUGGCAAUGGUCAGCCACUGGCAACCGCAUGGCAGCAACUUGUCCUGCAGGAGCAAAGCCCCAGCAACCAGACAUCAAUAACAAUGAUGCAAGAGCCUCAGGAGAUGGUGGAGGAGACUGUUACUGUUGAGGAAGACCCGGGUACCCCUACUUCCCAUGUGUCUAUUGUGACUUCAGAAGAUGGAACCACAAGGAGAACUGAGACUAAGGUCACAAAAAUGGUCAAAACAGUCACCACUAGAACAGUACGCCAGGUCCCCCUGGGGCCCGAUGGCCUGCCGGUAAUGGACAGCUCCUCUCCUAUGGGCAGCUACACAGAUUCAAUAGACAGAAGAUACAUGAAGAAUGGUGAGCGUUACAUCACACCACAAGCUUCGUCCACAUUGACCAGAUCUUACAAUAGCUACGAUUCUUAUCCUGACGGCCACGACAGCCAGUAUCGCCCUUUUAUCAGCCACGAUGGCUAUGGAGAUCUAGCUGACAAUUAUGGCAGCUUGUCCCGUGGCAUCAACUACCGUCCUCGCUAUGCCUACAUACCAGGAAACAGUUACCGGCCAGAGGAUGGUAGUUUCACCUUGCCAAGCAGGAGGGAUAACUAUGGUCCCGUCGCCCAGCCCCAAGUGCCAACAGGCAGCAACAUUGACUUGAAUCGCUCCCAGCCAGAACGUUUCCAGCCAGAGCCUUAUGGGUUGGAGGACGAUAAUCGCAGCCUUGGGGUAGAUGAUGAAGGGUAUGAACUGGACCCAGAUUACUCCACAGUGAACCGAAGGACAUCUGCAGGGGUGCCUGAGAGGGAGAGACCUCACAAAGGAAGGGGCUACGGUGACCCUGUUGAGUCAGAGAUGGUUGAUGAGAGGAUCCCUUACCUUCAUGGUGGCUACGUAGCACCAUUAGCACAGCCGGAGAGGGGGAGCAUGGCCAGCAUUGAACGCCUGGGCAAGCGUUCCCCCUCCAUUGACAGCAUCCGCAAAGAUCCCAGGUGGCGGGACCCUGACCUCCCUGAAGUGAUUGCCAUGCUCAGUCACCCCAUCGAUCCAGUCAAGUCCAACGCGGCAGCAUACUUGCAGCACCUGUGCUAUGAGAACGAUAAAAUAAAAAAGGAUGUGAGGCAUCUGAAAGGGAUUCCCAUCUUGGUGGGUCUGCUAGAUCACCCAAAGCCAGAAGUUCAUCGCAAAGCUUGUGGGGCUCUCAGAAACAUCUCUUACGGGAAGGAUAAUGAGAACAAGGUGGCUAUAAAGAUCUGCGAUGGGAUCCCGGCACUGAUCAGGUUAUUGCGGAAGACAAACGACAUGGAAGUCAGAGAGCUCAUUACAGGCACUCUUUGGAACUUAUCAUCCUAUGAGCCCCUGAAGAUGGUGAUCAUUAACCAUGGCCUUCAGACACUGACAAAUGAGGUGAUUAUCCCCCAUUCUGGAUGGGAGAGCGAGCCGAAUGAGGACUCUAAGCCUCGGGAUGCUGAAUGGACCACGGUCUUCAAGAACACGUCUGGCUGCUUGCGGAAUGUAAGUUCAGAUGGCGCAGAAGCUCGGAGAAGACUAAGAGAGUGUGAUGGCUUAGUGGACGCUCUCCUUCAUGCUCUACAGUCUGCAGUUGGCAAGAAGGAUACAGAUAACAAGUCCGUGGAGAACUGUGUGUGCAUUAUGCGAAACCUUUCAUAUCACGUCCACAAAGAGGUCCCAGGAGCCGACAAGUACCAAGAGCUGGAUGCAAAUCAGCCUACCAGCACAGGAAGCUCUCAGAAGAAGAAGAAAGAAGACGCUGGCUGCUUUGGAGGGAAGAAAGCUAAAGAGGAGUGGUUCAAUCAAGGAAAGAAAAAUGGAGAUCUGGACAGGAACUUCGAUACACUUGAUUUGCCCAAGCGGUCCGAAGCAGCAAAAGGCUUUGAAUUGCUCUACCAGCCAGAGGUGGUCCGGCUCUACCUCUCGAUUCUCACUGAAAGCCAGAACUUCAACACUUUGGAAGCUGCAGCAGGGGCUUUGCAGAAUCUCAGUGCUGGAAACUGGACAUGGUCCACGUAUAUCCGUGCAACUGUACGAAAGGAGAGAGGCUUACCAGUCCUUGUUGAGCUUCUCCAGUCUGACUCUGAUAAGGUUGUGAGAGCUGUGUCAAUUGCACUGAGGAAUCUCUCUAUGGAUCGUCGCAAUAAGGAUCUCAUAGGUAGUUAAGCCAUGGGUGAACUGGUAAGAAAUUUGCCUAGCAGGCAGCAGAGAUCCACUAAAAACCUGGAAGAGGAUACAGUGGUUGCAGUCUUGAAUACCAUCCAUGAAAUCAUUACUGACAGUUCAGAAAAUGCAAGGUCCCUGAUCCAGACACAGGGCAUUCAGAAGCUGGUAGCUAUCAGCAAGUCAAGCCAGUCCCCCAGGGAAACAAAGGCAGCAUCUCAUGUUCUUCAGAUGGUUUGGAGCUACAAAGAGCUACGAAAUGUCCUACAGAAGGAUGGAUGGAACAAAUCCCAUUUCCAGUCUGUCUCUGCAGCACCAAAGGGAUCCAAAGGUACAUCUGGCAAGUCUGGCUAUGAUGAUAGUACUCUGCCACUGGUGGAUAAAAGCCAAGAUAAUGAGAAGGCUGCAAGUCAUGAUAUGAUUCCUCUGGAUGAACUUGGUCCAGAUGGGUACUCCACCAUCGAUCACCGGGACAAAGAGCGCAAAUACAAGACCAAUGACAACAUAGGGGAUGCAUCGGAGAAAGAACCUUUAAAAAAUGACACAAAUAGGAAAAACAUUAACAGGAGUAACAGGGCUUCGGUGAAUCUGGUGGAUGCCCGUGACAUUAAACCCCAGCCUGUUGACUCCUGGGUCUAAUUUGCAUGCAUGGGCUAGAAUCCAACUACUUUUUUUCUUUUUUUUCUUUUUUUUCUUUUUUUUUACUGAGGGGAAAAAACCAAUUUGAACCAACACAGAGGAUCUCAUCACCACUGCCAUUCAGAUUCGGAGGGCGCUGCAUCAGUGAACAGUCUGCAGAUUCUAGGAGGGUGUGGGGAGAAAACAAACAACUGCCAUCAGCCAACCCCGGAGCACCAUGCCUUACAGCAAGACAAUUUGCUUUUUAAAACUCAAUUACAUUCCCACCAGACACAGCCACCUCCCUUUACCUCCCUCCCCCAUCAAAGAAGAAAGAAUCCAAGCUUACAUCUAACCGGUUAGGUUCUUAGAUGACUCUUACAUGAGGGUGGUGCCAAGGAUGAAAAGAGAAGGUCACGUGGUGGGAAAGAGGAAGCUUUGCAAGUGAAAGAGGAACUGCAGAAUAUUUGAAAUAUCUCUUAGGUAUAGUCUUGAGGAAACUAGCACUUUUCAUUUGUUUUUUGGGUUUUGUUUUGAACUGUG